GGACUUGAGUCUGGCCCGUGUUCCGUUCAGAACGUGGUCAGACGUUGAAGCGCGUGGUCGUGGAAUUGUCUCCUAACAAGAGGAAAAAAGUGAGAAGGCAAUUAAAAACAGCAGCAACAAAGCAAUCAACUAACUAGAGCAGAUCCAGCCAGGAAAUUUGAACGGGAAGAGGACGACGACUUUGAUGUGAACCGGAAACGAGGGCAACGACUAAAGGACUAAACGGGCCAAGGCAGUGUGCAAAUUGAUAUAGUCGACAGAGCAGAAUGGAUGAGGAGCACGACGACGAUCGAAUAAUAUGAGAUUAGAUGGGGCUCUAGAGCCCCGGCCCCGUUACGGAGCUGUCCCGUUCAAGGGCCGCUUCCCCCUGAGGCGCGAGACCCGCGAACAAUGUGAGUCCCAGCAGCAACAGUCAGCCGACGAAGACGACGAGGCCACAGAUGCUGAGUGUUUGACCAACGACAACAACAACAAUAACACUAUCAACAGCCGCAACAACAUCAACAAUUGGCCAGCAAAUAGAGCCAAAUUGAACUUACAACCAGCAACACUACGAACAACAAAGCAGAGGAGCUCAGCAGGUCCUGGUGCAGGAAAUUUGAAACGCUGCUCGAUGGUUGCCACCCUUAAAACGCGUGCCCCGCCAUCGUUAAUGUUAAUGGGCCAGAAGGACCUCCAUUCAGGAUCCAGGAAAACCAGAAUGAAGGCAGCGGGGAGAAAGGGAGCUAGGGGAGGCGGAGGAGCAGGAGCAGGCGCAGGACCCGGACCAAGAUCUGGCUGGGAACGUCUCAACUCGUCCCUCGUUCUGCUACUGAUAUCCGUUAUUGCCCUAAUGCCACCGCUGACGCUGGGUGAUGACGGUGAUAAUUUCUUUGCCGUGAAUGCCUUCAGUGCUGGUCCGGAGACCACGACGCCCGAGUUUGAUUAUGCCAGCCGCGGACAGAAGAAGUUCGGCGACAAGUGCGAAAACACCUUGGAAUGCGGUUUUCCCGGCUCCAUAUGCGAUCCCAAGAAGAAGUCCUGCCAGUGCACCGAGGAUCUGCCCGUCACCAAUCACAUUGAUAAAUGUGGCAAAGAGGCCGCCGUGAACGAGUCCUGUUUCUUCAAUGAGCAAUGCGAGAUGAAAUACUUCCAGACGGAGUGCCGGGACGGACGUUGUAUCUGCCGGUUCGAGAUGUCGCCCAUUUGGGGCAAGGACGGCUCCGUCGAGUGCAAAGGACGCCAGGACAAGAGGGGACCCGAGGACUACAUCGAUCCGGCCAUGAUUGGCGUGCUGGUAGGAAUGGCAUUGAUGUUUAUUAUUAUUUGUGUCGUCCUGCGAUUGUUUAGCCAAGCACGCUGGCGUGAGAACCGGACCAUCUUCAAUACCCCGAAUCCGCGCCUGAUGAACGUCUCUCUACUGCGGGACAGCAAGCUGCUCCAUGGACAGGAGCGCCGCGGCUCCAGGAUGUCGGUGCGGGCCCCCUCGCGGCAGCCUAGCAUGGCCUCCUUGCGGCCCCACUCGCCGAACCCGUCGCUAGGUAAGACAGGCUCCCAUUCCGAGUCGCAUGGCAGUGCCAGCAAUGCCUCGGCCACAUCUGUGCGCUCCAAUCGCAGCAACUCAGUGGCUCCCGGCAAGGUGGGUCACCACGAGCGCCACGGAUCAGCCCAUCGCCAGCACCACCCACAUGGCGGACACCACCAUCAGCAGCAGCAGCAGUCUCAUCCGCAGUCGCCGCAGGAUCAGUCGCUGGUCACCAACAUCACCACCAAUCCGGUGGCCGAGAGCGUCACCGUUGAGAUUAUCGAACCGGGACAGAAAUAAGGAUGUAUUUAGGAUUUGGUAGAAGAAAAAGGCUACCCUAGGCAACAUGGCAUAGGCAAGAUUAACUGGCAGACUCUCUGAACACGAACACUGGACAAGAAUUAGAAUCGUCGAUAUGUACACAAUAAAUUUAAAAAAAAAAUAAAAAAGGAUAUAUAGUCACGGUAUAUGCACGCGAUAAUAAGGCUGGCUCGCUCCUGGGAAAUAUCCAAAAGGGGCGUGUCCUGUCACAAAACCAACUUACACAUGACGCCAUUGUUAGACUCUUUUUGACAAAGAAAAUUUUUGCAAUUAAUGAACAUUUUUUAACCAAACCAGUUAUAUACUUAUUAUAUAUAUAUACGGAGCAUAUAACAACUUUGCCGACACUCACACACACACAACCACUACACACAUACACCAAAAACAAUGCUAAUUGAAUUAACCGUAAAAAAUAAUUGAAAAAAAACCUUGCAUAACAAAUUCAUACUACUCUUUUUUUUCAACCAAAAAAAAAAACAAAAACUAAAAAUUCAAUGAAAAGAAUCUUUAAUAAUUUUAAUAAUAUAUUGUAAUGCAGUUAUAUAAUCUAAGCUUUGGGUUAAAGGCUUUAAGGA